AUUUCGAAAUGUGAGAUACAAUUUCAAACUGUUCAAUUAUUCUGUGGAUUAUAUUCAACACUCCAUUUAAUACUGAGUGUAGUGCGCGUGAUGUGUAUGCUCUUAUAUUUUAUUAAACAGGCAGCGUGUAGCUUAUGCGUGGACGUAGGAAGUUUCAGCGAUCCACCAGAAUUUCCAGGCAUAUCAUAUUUCUUUGAGUAUAUGCUUUUUCGAGAAUUCGAUAAACGUUUAGAGCUAUAUAAUUUCGGAGAUUAUAUUUAUAGCCAAGGUGGCACUUAUCGUGUUUCAGUAGACUCCGAGCAUACAACGUUUUACUUUAAUAUCAAAGAAAACAAGUUGUUUUUAUCUCUCCGCAGUUUUGGUCUUUUUUUUAUUGAGCCUAUAAUACCGAAGCAUAAAUUUAUGGAACAACUAGAUGAAAUUAAAAACGAGUUUCAGAAAAACUUAUAUAAUGGCAGGACAAGAUACGAACAACUAUUUUUCUCCUCAGCACGAACUGGUCAUCCAGCUAACAAGUUCUCUGAGGAUCAUUUAAUAAAAUUGCGUAAUAAUAUAGAUUAUGACAAACUGUACGAUGUGUUGCACAAAUUUAAAGAGCGCCACUACAGCGCUCACAGAAUGAAGAUAGCAAUACGGUCGGGACUACCGUUGGAUGUAAUGGAAAAAUUUGUUGAAGCGUCCUUUGAUAAUGUGCCAAAUAACGGGAAACCUCGAAAUAAAUUUUCCAAAUUUAAAAACGAUCUCCCUUUUGAUACUCCCGCUUUCCGAAAAAUGUAUAAAGUUAAGAAUGAUGUCGCACUUUUGACACGACUAAUAAUAACGUGGGCCUUACCUUCGUUCUCCGAUUUUUAUAAAUGUAAUUCGCAUCAAUAUAUCCCGUGUCUUUUUGAAUAUAAAGGAAAAGGUUCCUUAACUAGUUAUCUACAUCAAAAGAUGUGGAGCCCUAUAUUAAACAAUAAUGUGAUUUAUUGUUCGAGUCAACAAAACUCAUUGUACAGCUUAAUAUACAUCAACAUAUUUCUCACUACUGAAGGGCGAAGACAUCUGGAAGAUAUUCUAGGUGCAAUAUUUUCUUUUAUCAAUUUACUAAAGAAAGAGGGUCCGCAGAAAGCAAUUUACAAUGACAUUUAUGAGAAGAAAGAAUAACAACAUAUUUGUGGAACAUCACUUAUUCUUGAAAGUUUUUUUAGAUUUGCUAAUUACGACGAAGAACCAAUCUCUACUGUAAAACAAUUAUCUAAGAAUAUGCAUUUCUAUCCGCCGAAGGCUUAUUUAACAGGAGACAAGCUUAAUUCAAAUUAUAAUGCAGAAGUUAUACAAAAAUGUUUGAAUUAUUUGGCCCCUGAGAUGGCAAAUGUUAUGAUUUACUCCAAAGAUUUUAAUGAUUCCGAAUUAACGAAAGUUCAACCAUGUUGGCAAACAGCAUAUACGGAUAUUGAGAUUCCGAAAGAAUGGAUCGAACGUUGGAAAGUCAUCGAGCCAUUACCAGAACUUUUUUUACCGUUACCGAAUAUACUCCUUACCAAGAAUCCUUGUCUAAUACAGAUACUAAAAGAACAAACUGAGAAAUAUCCUAUAAAAUUAUAUUGUAAUCCUGUGUCGGAGAUUUGGUAUCGCUACGAUCCUAAGUUUCAUUUGCCGAAAUGUUGUAUGCAUUUUCAUUUUAUUUCACCUCUAAAACUUCAGUCGUUGAAGAAUGGAGUUCUCAUGGAUAUGUACUGCAUACUACAGCUAUCCUCCAAAGAAUUAUAUCCAGCAUUACUGGCUGGGUUUGAAUAUCAUAUCGAUGUCACUGAGAAUGGUUAUACAUUAAGAAUAAGCGGUCCUAAUGAAACUCUGCCACAGUUAGCGACUAUUUUUGCACAAGGCAUGGUGCAAUAUUCAAUUACAAAGGACAUAUUUGAAGAUAUCAAAAGUCAACAAAGUGUAAUGUAUACAAACACAAUUAUGAAACCUAAUGUUUUCAUCAGCGACAUGAUAUUAUCGAUACUGAAACUCGUCCAUCAUUCAUACAUUGAUAUGCAUACUACUCUACAGGAUAUCACUUUAAAAGAUUUUCAAGACUUUGUGAAAUCCUUUACUAAAUCUCUAUACAUUCAAUGUCUCGUGCAAGGAAAUAUGACUCCGCCUGCUGCGAUCAAGAUCGUACAACAAUUUAUUAAAACGAUUAAUUGUAGCCCCAUACAUCCAAAUACAAUAGAACAGCUUAGAGGCACUCAGAUACCUUUGGGCAUAAGCUAUUACAAGAUUAAAAAUAUCAACAAAUUAGAUACAACUUCCAUAAUAACAAAUUAUUAUCAAGCCGGCGUUAAGACGAUUGAAUUAUCGACAUCAAUCAAUCUGAUAGGCUAUAUAAUGGCCGACAAGUUACAUGAGGGUCUACCCGUAAAUAAAUUUACUCAUGCCACAGUCAACGUUAAAGCCUAUAACGGAAUUGUAGGACUUCUCAUUACUGUUAGCACUCAAGCACAUAAAUACACAACCGAGUACGUUGAUAAGAAGAUCGACGAAUUUUUGAGAUGGUUUAAAAACGAUUUGGAAAAGCUCACAGAAGAGGAAUUGGAUGGUUACAAAGAAAUGUUCCUAAAAUCCAAAUUGCAUGACGAUGCCAAUCUUAAAGAUGAAGUUGAAAGAAAUUGGAAGGAGAUCGUGAAUAGUACUUACAUAUUUGAUUUACACGAACAGGAAAUACUUGCUUUAAAGAAAAUAAAUGUUAAUAAGUUGACGGAAUGGCUUGCAGAUCACACAUCGAAGGGAAGUAAUUUUAGAAAAUUGAGUUUACAAGUUGUAGGAGCUAUUCCCAAAACAGCGAAAUACGUUGGUUUGGAAUACGUAAACGACGAUCAUCAGCAGCGUAAGCCAAGUAAAUAUCAUUAUAUUACUAAAGUAGAAGAUUAUAAGAAAAAGCUCUUCAUGUUUCCAACUAAGCGUUCCAACAAAUCUACUCAGGGCACAGAAUAA